UAAAAGCUUAAAGCAUUAUUAAUUAUUAUUUAUUGCCAUAAAUCUUUUUCGUUUUAAGUUUUAAAUUUAAGUGUUUAUAGUUUUGCAUUUUAAUAUAAUCUCUAUAUAUAUAGUUUAUAAUUUCGCUGACACUGGGCUGUAUUUGUAAGAACAUUUUAAUUUCACUCGCCGCUUGGUGCCUAUACAGAUGUGAUUUUGCAUGUUAUUUUUUUUUCGACCAAAUAAUGAAAAAGUAAAAUACAAUAAAUAUUGUAACUAUUGAAUAUCGAUUAUCUUUCAUCCUCAAGACUCCCGACUAUUUGAAAGAAGUAAUAAUACAUCCCUAGAUAAUAAUGUCAUCCAAAUCUGAAAACCUCACUGAAAACCCUGUUCAUACUGAAGAAGUUUAUGAUGAAUUGGAAAAACUAAUUUCUUCUGUGGAUGCUGAAGAAAAAGAAUUAAAGAUGAAAAUGGAAAAAAAAAAUUCAAAUGGAACAGAGAACAAACCACAAGAGUCAAAUGGUUUAGCUGAUCUUAAAAAUGAAAAUGAGCUUAAAAAUAUAAAUGAAUUAGAAGGUAACUCAGUAGUCAUGAAAAAUGAAAAUGGAAAUGAAGAGAAAAAAAGCGAUGAAGAUGACAAUCAUCUUGAGUUUAAAGACAGCCAAAAUAAUUCUGAAGAUGGUAAAGAAGAGCUGGAAUUAUCUGAAAUGAUUGUUUGUGACGAAGUAGCUGGUGAUAGUGAUGAAGAUGAUAAUAAAAUAGAAGUUGAAGCGACAAAUGCUAAUGAUAAAGAUAAGUAUGAAAAAGAUACUAAAAAAAUUAAAAAAGAAACAAAAGAAAAAGAAAGCAACAAGAAAAAAUAUGAUAAGAAAUCAGAUUCCAAGUCAAAAGAUCGAUCAAGGAAAGAAGAUUCAAAAAGAGUUGACAAAAAACGUUCAAGAACACCAAGCAAAGAAAGAUCAAGCAAGGAUAGUUCAUUGAAGAAAAGAUCAAAAACUAUUGAUAAAGAGAAGGAAUCCAAAAAACUUCGAGAACUCGAUAAGUUUUGGCAAACUGUGCGUGAUGAUCCAUCUGACUUUAUUGGUUGGACCUACUUAUUACAAUAUGUUGAUGGAGCGAAAAAUAUUGAAGCUGCACGUGAAGCUUAUGAUGCCUUUUUAGAUUUAUAUCCAUAUUGUUAUGGUUAUUGGAGAAAAUAUGCAGACUACGAAAGAAAAAAUGGAACUAAAGAAAACUGCGAAAAAGUAUUUGAUCGUGGCUUAAAAGCUAUACCAUUGAGUGUUGACUUAUGGAUUCAUUAUAUGGGUUAUAUGAAAUCAGCAUAUCCAGACGAUGAAGAUAUGAUUAGGGAACAAUUUGAAAGGGCAGUAGAAGCUUGUGGAAUUGAAUUUAGAUCGGAUCGAUUAUGGGAUCAUUACAUUAAGUUUGAAUUGGAAUGCAAACAAUAUUCAAGAGUUACAGAUAUUUAUGAACGUCUAAUUGCUACCCCCACUCAUGGAUUUUUAAAUAAUUUUGAAUGCUUCAAAGAUUAUGUUAAAAAGUAUCCUAAAAACAAAAUAUUGGAGGCUGUUAAAUUUUUGGAGUUAAGAAAAGAAGUGUUAGCCGAGAUUAAGGAAGCUGAUGCUAAAAAAAACCAUGGUAGAAAAAUUGAUUCUGGUUCUGACUCUGAUGAAAUGGCAGAUCCUAUGGAACAACGCACCAAGGAAGAAAAUUUAAUGAAAGAGAAAAUGAUUGCAUCGCGUAUUGUAAUACAUAAGAACACAGCAGAAAUGGUUGCAUUACGAUUACCUUAUGAAGAAAUGAUUAAACGGCCAUACUUUCAUGUAAAACCUUUAGAAAGAUCUCAAAUUAGAAACUGGAAAGAAUAUUUAGAAUUUGAAAUUGGCCAUGGUUCAUACAAACGUAUUGUGGUGUUAUUUGAAAGAUGUUUAAUUGCUUGUGCUCUUUAUGAAGAAUUUUGGACUAAGUAUGUAAGUUAUUUAGAGAGUCUUGAAUCUGACGACCAAGAAGUUAAAGACCGUAUAGAGGACAUAUACAUUAGAGCAUGUACUGUUCACCAUAAGAAUAAGCCUGGUAUUAACUUAACGUGGGCUCUACAUUUAGAAAAUAAUGGGCAAUAUGAUAAGGCUGCUCAAAUUCUAGAUAUGUUAGACAGUGUGUCCCCUGACAAAAAGUUAAUAAUCCAAAGAAGGAUUAAUUUGGAAAGACGAAGAAAUUGUAAUGAUAGAGUAUGCGAGUUAUAUGAACAUUACAUAAGUACAGCAAACUCUUCAUUAACUUCUAUCCUAUUGACAAUUAAAUAUGCUCGAUUUGUUUGGAAAAUGUUACACAAUACUGAUCGAGCUUCUGAAAUUUUGUUGGCUGAAGUAGAAAAAAUAAAUAAUGUUCAAAAAAGUAGUCGUCUGCUGUUACAAUUAAUUGAAAUCAAAAUGAGCGACAAUCCUAUGAAUAUUUCUGCUAUAGUCAAACUGAUUGAUAGCAUUUUAACCAUGAAGUCCAUUGAAGUCGAACAACAAGUUAUUUUUGCACAACGCAAAGUUGAAUUUCUAGAAGAAUUUGGCAAGGACAUACUUUUGAUAAACAGAGCUUCAACAGAAUUGAAAAGGUAUAUGAAAACAUACAAUGAAAGUGAAAAAAAAUCAGAAGUUAUAGACACUAAGACAUAAUUUAUGAUGUUAACAAUUUGUUUUUAAUAAGUUUAUUAUAUUAUAAAUUCUUCAUGAAUGUAAAUAUAAAUCCAUGUUUAAAUAUUAUUUUAAUAAUUUGAUUAUGUUUAUUCGAGUUUGUCAUUAUUUUGUAACUAAGUCUUAGUGUUUUAAAAUAUUUUUAUAUAUAUUAUAAAUAUAGUGACUAAAAAAAAAAAUGAACUCCUUGAUUUUUAUGUGUAAGGGAAAUCCAAGCAAUAUUAAUUGCUUUGAUUAUUAAUCAAUACGUACACAUAAAAUAAAAUAUUAGUUACAAAUUAA